CACCGCGCGCCCCGCAACAAACGCGAGUCGCGUUUGAUCUUCGUGAGGGUUUGAUCCCAGUGUCAAUUCAACGAACAUCACCUGUUAGUCGGGCGAGAAGAUGGGAGGAAGUGUGGAGGAAAGAAGAAAAAUACAAAUAGAUGCAUAAUCCCCCAGGUGUCGCUCGCUUUGUACACUUCACGCAUAAUACUUAACUAAGUAAAUUUAAAUCUUACUCUCUUCAAAAUGGUUCGCAUCGCCGCCGCCGCUUUCCUCGCUUUUGCCUUCACGGCCUUCGCCCAGGUAACUCCCAACAACGCCGGGGCCAAGAACGUUGGCCAGGGCAACGGACAGCAGUUCAUCACCGGAGGCUGCACUUCGGACGCUGACUGCCAAUCGGCUUGCUGCGCCGAGGUCCAGUCGUCUGGCCUCGGAGUCUGCUCUGCUGAGGCCGCGUCGAACCAAAACGGAAAGCUUGGCUGCGGCUUUGUCGACCCUAACGCCGCCACGACCAUCGCCAACGCCCAGGCUCAGGUCCAGAAGCAGGGAUUCUAAAUUUCCCCGCAAACCCAUUGACGGGAAUCGCUGUUAGCAGCGCGACUCCCGAUGGUGGAUGGUGUAUUGAUAACAUUCGCUGGACAUAGACAUAUAGAAUAAGCCCCGGUUUCGAAAUGUGUUAGUCAAUAUAUACAUCAGACGCCGAUCUGGGAGUCCCUAUUCGAGUUUACUGCUCAUGUGAAACUGUGCGAUGUAGUAUAUGGGUAUUAAUAUCGUUUUCAUUGGGCUCCGGGUGUGAGUGCCGCCGGCUUUGUGUUAGACGGCUCUUGGUGGCUGCAGUUCCAAGAAUCCAAAGUCGUACAAGUUUGUAAGAUUUCUAUUAGUCGCGCUCCCGCUUUACGAGCAGCGUGGCGCGGUCCCGG